AUGGCUCGUAAUAAAGAAAAACAAAAAAAUGAAUUAAAUCGUUUAUAUUUAUUAAAAUCAAAUCCACCCAAACCUAAACGACCACAUUUAUCACAAAUUCAUACUGUUGAUGAACUUCGUCGAUGGUUACCAAUUAUUGAACAAGAAAUUCAUAUGACAUUAGCUCAAACAACAUCAGUACGUUAUACCGAUGAAAAAGUUGAAUCAAUGUACAAACAAAUAUCCGAAUUAGAAAAUGAACAUAAAAAUUUUCGAAGAAAAAUAGGUCAAUUAGAAUUCGGAAGUAAUGUUAAUAUUCUCGUAAAAACAAUUCCAGUCGAAAAACAAAUUGAUUUUUAUUCAAAGAAAUCAACCAAUCAAAUUGAAAGUUUGGAUGAUUUUUUUAAUAAAAAACCUGAUCUACCACUUCUAUCAAUGAAUGAAUACGAACCAAUGAGUUUAAAAUUCCGUAAAAAACGAAAGAAAGAACAACGUGAAGAAAUUAUCGAACAAGAUGGUCUAAUCUUUCAAUUACCUGAAGAAACACUUCUUUAUUUAUUUAAAAAUUUUUCUACAGAAGAACUUAUUCUUGUUGCUGGUGUUUGUCAAUUAUUUCGUCGUAUUGCAUAUGAUGAUACAUUAUGGAAAACAAUUGAUUUAUCAACGAAAUCUUAUUCAAAUCAAGUAUUAGUGAAAUUUUUUCGUCGUUUUAAUCGUCCAUGUACGGAAAUAUUAAAAAUAUCUGGUGCACCAAAUGUAAAAAAAUUGAAAAAUAACCUUAUAAAAUUAUCUCCAUAUACUGAACAAUUAAGUUAUUUUGUUCGAACAUCAUAUCCAAAUCUUCGGUAUUUAUAUAUAUCAAAAUAUGAUUUUCGUGAUAAUCCAAUCGCCUGUAAAAAUAUAACAUAUUUACCAACAAAUCUUCAAGGUCUUUAUUUAACAAAAUGUGAAAUGUUAAUGACAAGUAUUCAAGGUACAGCGGAUUUUUUAAAAAUUCCUCAAUGUACAUUGAAAAAUUCGACAACGAAUUUUUCACUUCAACAAUUAGAAAUUUUCUCAUUUGAACAAUCAUCAUGUCUUGGACUUGUAUCUGUACGUUAUCUACCUGAUUUAUGUCCAAAUUUAGUUGAACUUAAUCUCAAUGGUUGUUUUCGUAUAACACGUACACGUACAUUUACCGAUACAUUAUUAUCAUUUCAUAAAACAAUUCGACGACUUUAUUUAAAAGAAACACAAGUUGAUGAUGAUACAAUUCAUUGUAUAUGUCGAAAAUUAAAAUUAUUAAAUAUUCUUGAUAUAAGAUUAUGUAAAUAUGUUACGAAAAAUAUUGUGGAGAAUUUAUUAACAUUAAAACAAUUAAAACAAUUAUUAGCAGAUGAUUUGAUUCAAAAUGAUUAUGAGAACAAAAAAAUAAAAUAA